GGCGGCGUGUGCGUGACGCAGUUGCCCAUGGUAACCCCGGAGCCGCGCAGAGGAUGGGUUUACUGUCAAUCCUGCGUAAACUGAAAAGCACCCCAGACCAGGAGGUGAGAAUUCUCCUCUUGGGACUGGAUAAUGCUGGCAAGACCACGCUCCUGAAGCAGUUGGCAUCUGAGGACAUCAGUCACAUCACACCAACACAGGGCUUUAACAUCAAAAGUGUACAGUCUCAAGGCUUCAAGCUGAACGUAUGGGACAUAGGUGGACAGAGGAAGAUCAGGCCAUAUUGGAGGAACUAUUUUGAAAACACUGAUAUUCUUAUCUAUGUCAUUGACAGCGCAGAUAGGAAGAGGUUUGAAGAAACGGGUCAGGAGCUGGCUGAGCUUUUGGAUGAAGAGAAGCUCAGUGGAGUCCCCGUGCUCAUAUUUGCUAACAAGCAGGAUUUGCUGACGGCCGCCCCUGCUUCGGAGAUUGCCGAGGGCCUGAACCUCCACACGAUCCGUGACAGAGUCUGGCAGAUCCAGUCCUGCUCGGCACUUUCGGGAGAGGGGGUCCAGGACGGCAUGAACUGGGUGUGCAAAAAUGUCAAUGCAAAGAAGAAAUAAAGCGCUCUGAGCUGCAUGGAAAUGGAGGAGCGGUGGGAGCAGAAUUCUAGCCUGAAAACACUAAUUUGCUGCUUUCUGACCAAAUGUUUUUCCAUCUGUGCACAGCUACAGCUGUUAAAAGAAAAAAAAAAAGAGAGAAAAAGAAAGGGAACAACAUCAGUUAAAACCUACUGCUGGAUUUGGAACUUGACCUGCUCUUUAGUACCAUUUUUUAUCCCAAUAAAGGAAUUAUAUAUUUCCUCCCUACGCAUAAAUAGUAUUAAACAUCUGAGCAGCAGGGCAGGUUGUAAGCAGGAGCAGGAGCAGGGGGAGCGGGAGCCCCUGCCCUCGCUUAGACCCGCGUUAGAGCUUGCCCUGGCCCUGUGGGCUUGCGGUCGCUGAGGCCGCUCUCAGUCCCAGAUUCCCCCCAGUGACGGAUAAAACGCCAGUUGGUUCCCAAUUGUGAGUAGUUUCUUUUUAAAAAAAAAAAAAGGCUGCUAAGAAGCCAUUUGUGUAAGGAGGGUAGGAGGCUUCCACACAUUCCUGUAGCCAUAAAAGAGGAGUUUGAUCCUAACGAGACGCUGUUGCAUUGCGACGCCGCUGUAGGAGGAAGAGGAGGGUUGUGUGUGUGUAACUGAAGCUCUUUACAACGGGAGCAGUGCAGGAUGAGCAGGAUGAGCUGCCCAGGGCUCUUCCCGCAGCUGAAGGAGAAUUGAGCCCAGCGUUUCACCUUGAGCCGGCAAAAACGUGGAUCCUCUGUUCAGUAAAGCUCCAUGUGUGAGAUCAGCCUCGCUGCCGAACACUCCCCGUUGAUUUUCCCUUGGUGUUAAGGCAGCUCUGCAGCAAAACGCAAUUAAGCUCAUGAUUACUUUCCACAAUGAGAUGCCA